AUUAUCUAAAUAUGCCAAAUUACCAUAAUAUUUAAAACUGAAAACAACUUACCUAAAGAAGAUUUUCAAUUUCCAUUAUAUCCUCAAGAACUUACACAUGUAUCCAAGCAAAAUCUGCUGCCUAAGAAUGAAGAUCAGUUGUAGUGUUCUUCUAGUUUUGCUAGUUGUGGCUUCAGUUGAAGCAAAUGCACCAAGAUAUGAUCCCUCAAAUGAUGACUAUGAUUAUGACAAGUGCGAAGCAAUUUUUGAGAAUUUUGAUUGUGUAGAUUCAUCAAAUGAAUGUGAAAAACAUUGUAUAGAUUCAUGUUACAAAGUUGUAGGUGACAUUUAUAGUUAUUGUGAUUUUGAAAAAAAUUGUCAUUGUCAUCCUAUGAGAGGUGCUCCUUGUCCUCCUCUACCCAAUUGCCCCUGAGUCACCAAAAAGAAUGCUACAUCUACAUUUCAUGGAAUAAACUAUUGAAGAGAAUCAAUUAAUUAUUGAAGAGAAUUACCUUUUUUUUUUAUUCUUUUCUUGAACUCUUUCACUAUAUAUCUCAAUAAGAGAACAUCACGAGAUGUUGUUUUCA